AUGGAUACUAAUACAGAAGCAUUUCGAAGUUUUCUUCAGGUUCUCCCCCCUGUUGAUUUUGCAUGCGUUUACGGAUCAUCUCUUCAUCCAACCAACCAUGACAAGACAACCAUGAUUGAUUUUAUUCUUGGUGUGUCUGACCCCAAACAAUGGCAUUCCGAGAAUCUAAAAUUGAACAAGCAUCACUAUGCAUCGUGGAUGGUGCACCUUGGUGGAGAGAGGCUGAUUACCGGGGUUGCAGAUAAAAUUGGCGUGGGGGUACAUUUCAACCCUUUUGUUACUUGGAAUGGAAAGAUGUUCAAGUAUGGGGUUGCUCGAACGCAUGACUUACUUCAAGAUGUGCAGUACUGGGAGAAAUUCUACUUGUGUGGUCGAUUACAGAAACCAGUUCAAAUUGUUGUCGAUAAGUUGGACAUAAGCAACAUCAAUUCCAUUAACUUGCGAGCUGCGCUGUCAGCUUCUCUUCUCUUGCUUCCAUCAGAAUUCACAGAGGUAGAUCUGUAUGCUAAAGUUUGUAGUCUUUCAUAUAUGGGUGAUGUGCGCAUGUUAUUUGCCGAGGAUAAAAAUAAGGUGAAGAAAAUCGUAGCUGGGCAGUUUGAUCUAUUCCAUUCGAUGUAUAAGCCAUUUCUUGAAGAAUAUGAAGCUAAGAAGUUAUUGAAACUUUCAUCAACUGUCAAUCACAAAAUACACGUCUCUCAGGAUUGUGACUUAUCAGUUGCCUGCUCUCUAGUUUCUGCUCUUCCUCCAUCAAUCAGAAGCCAGAUGGGCGUGCAGCAAAGAGAGGGAAUGAAAUUGAGUCAAACUGGUAGAGUCAUACAUGAUACUAAUAUCAGCUCAAGAGAAGGGGCUGCAAAUUGCUUGCAGAGAAUUCUGAGGAGAAAGGUUAAGGUUUCAAGUGCAAGGCAGGCCAUAUCUGGCCUACUGACUGUUGGUGGGGUAAAAGCUACCAAGUAUGUUGCUAACAAAAUUAAUAAAGCUUGGAAGUCAUGGAAAUGA